AUGAACCGUUUGAACUCGCUGCUGGUGGCUCUUUCAGCAGUGAUCGUUGGAAGCUGGGCACGUCACUAUGACUUUCGGGUACCGAUCAACGGAACUCGUGGUGCACCGCACUUUGCAACCCAGCCGAGCUGUGAAGUCGGAAAACGCCACCGGAACUACAGUCGCGGAUUGAAGCCACGGUGCCAUCCGUUUGAGAUGGGCAUCGGGAUCUACUACCAGAUGGACAUCAUGCUGAAGCCGGACGUUGUCGUGGUGCCUGAGGAGCCUGAGAUAAUAGAGUACAAUAAGUAUCGAUGGCCCGGUGGAAGGGUGCCCUACGUGAUCAAGGGAAACUUCUCUGCAGCCCACAAGACCAUCAUCGCUUUGGCAAUGGCGCAAUAUACCAAAAGCACGUGUGUUCGAUUCGUGCCAAGAACUAACGAGGUCACCUUUGUUACUAUUGACAACACUCCUACCGGAUGUUGGUCAUACGUGGGAAGAAGUUUGAACAACAAGUUUAACUUUGUGAAUCUGCAAGUUCCUGGCUGUGUUAGCACCGGAACGGUGGCCCACGAGUUGAUGCAUAUUCUCGGCUUCUACCACGAGUUCACCAGGAUGGAUAGGGACAACUUCAUUACCAUCGAUAUGGGAGCACUGGAUCCAGCGUAUCAAACAGCCUCGUUCUUCAACGGCAACUAUGGCAAGUUGACGUCAAAUUUAACUCCACUGUACGGCAUUCCGUACAGCUACGGUAGCGUGAUGCACUACUCCAAGUGGGCGGGGUCCACCAGCAGAAGCAGACCGGUGAUGAACAAUAUUAAACCAUGGACUGGAGACUUUGGCAACAAGAUCGGUCUGGCUGCUUCCGAUGUGCAAGCCAUCAAUAUAAUGUAUGCGUGUCCUACAAAUUAA